AUGGCCCUGGAGAUGGUGCUGAAGGACCUGGGGCAUCUGCAGGCUUGUUGGCUGUGUUUGCUGGUCAAGACUAUAGACCAGUUUGAAUAUGAUGGUUCUGACAGCUGUGACACCUAUCUACAGACGAAGAGUAACGAGAUGGUAUAUGACUGCACUAGCUCUUCCUUUGACGGAAUCAUUGCAAUGAUGAGUCCAGAGGACAGUUAGGUCUCCAAGUGGCAGCGAGUCACUAACUUUAAGCCAGGUACAUAUGCGGUGUCAUUCACUGGUCACCUGCCCCAAGGAAUCAUGUAGGAGCUGAAAAGUCGAGGAGCGACCUACAAAUCCAGAGACACAGCUGCAGCACAUCAUGUCCCUGAACCAUUUUCUCUUCCUUGGAUGACAGGGCGGCACCUUGCCCAUGGCAAGGACUCUAGGUCAAAUGCCAAUAAAUAUGAACCUCUAGAAAGUUCUUAA